UCGGUGUUUUAAUUGUUUCUUCUUGUUUCAAGAUUUUACCGAAAGAAGAAAGCUAUACAAUGACAUCGUAUAAAAGAAUGCCAGUAAUACUCUACUAUCAUAAUGCUUUUCCCUUUAACCACUUUAUACGAAAGGCAAGGUGACGAUGAAUGUUUUGGAGGUUAAAUCAUUAACAAUAUGCCAAGACAUGGUCAACAACAAAGAAAGUUAUCAGAUACAAGAUCCGUCAGUGGGCUGCCAAGAUCAUCAGAUUCACCACAACAGCCUCCUUCUAUCAAAGCAGCAUGUUUAGAAUGCAGGUCAAACAAAGUGAAAUGCAAAGUGGGCGAAAGUGCUCUUGCCUGUCAAAGAUGUGAACGAUUUGGCUUGGAAUGUCGAUUUGAAGCUGUAAAUAGAAGAGGAAGAAAACCUAAAGGUCAAGAUGGCACUAGUCAAAGAAUCUCACCGGAAAGUGUUGUGAAAAGAAACGAUAGUACAAGUGAAGAGUUUGAAGAGCGUUCUGCUUCAAACGUUUCUUCUCUUCGGCCUAUCUUCUCAACUAGGAAGCGCUCCUACGAAGCAUCAAGUCAAGCAGAAGAUUCGAGCAAUGCCGAGCAUCUACUACCGAAACCACUUCGAAGCAGUAUAUGGAGAGCAUUGAUGCGUAAUCAAGGUAUGAGAGGGUCAACAUACACCUUCGUAUCCUCGGGCGAGGUGAAUAUUGCCGGUAGCACAGAUCAAACGCUAGAAGCCAAGCAGGAAGGCGAAAUCCAAUCAGCAAAUAUUGAUCAAGGUGAAUCAUCAUAUCAGCCCACAUUGAGGCAGCUCUUCUGUCCGUUCAACAAACGAACUACUGGAUCUCAACGCAUCGAAGCCAGCCUUCCACUCGUCGUACGAUUUGACACUCAUCCUGAUCCGCGGGCGGCAGGUGUGGUAUCACCAAGUCGAUGUGUGGAGUUGUUGUCGUAUUUCGAUACACAUUUGUUGCCAUGGAUCGGUGUUUUUGCUUCUGCUGGAGAGCUUUCUCUACCACGUGCACGAUGGAGUUCAACAUUUCUGCUUUCAACGGUUUUGUAUCUGGCAUCUCGAUUCUCGGACGGAGAAAUAGAAGAAGCGCAAGGGUUGGGGAUGCAUACUCGUUCGCUUGCAAUUCGAGCAUUCGGAAGUGCUGAUAAAAGUUUAGAAACGCUUUUAGCGUUUAACUUGCUCACUGUCUGGAAAGCACCCGAUGAUGGAUAUUCACAGUUGUAUGCUGGAUUUACAGAUCAAAUUGCGACAAUUUCACGAACAAGUACAAGUGAUGGAAAGCCUUUGUCCGAAUAUGAUGCAGCAAAUGCGCUACGAAUUCAAUUAUUCCAUUACGUUCAAAGGAGUGUUUUUCAGUUACAUCAUAUGCCAAUGACGAAUAUGAUUAUGGAUCAGCAUGGAGUCGUUCUACCGUUGCCGACACCUUCGCCUGCUCCUCCACCGCUUCUGGCUUUGGAAAGAUUUGCGGCUGGAAAUACGACUUUGCCUUCUGAUUGGUUCUUAUGUGCAACUGUGGAAGGUAGUUCGAUUCAAUGCAAGUAUAAAGCCCUAUUCAAACAGCAUCAACAAGGCAGGUUCGGAACUUCACGUAAUACGGUAGGACCUCAAGUGGCACUGCUGGAAGCAUUCUUUGCCGAAAUGGAAACGUGGGAACACCGAUGGCGCAGAAGAGGCUUACGGGCCAGAGAAAUAAGAAGGGGCUCAAAUGCAUCUUCAAAUGGAUCAGAAGAUGUCCAACAGUGGGCAGGCUUUGAAAUACUGGGUCACAGCAUUUGCAUGCAUAUCUCUUCUAUCGCUUUUCGCAAAGGGCUGGAUGUUUGGUUUGAGACGACAGGUCAGACAAUGGUCCCUCUGAAUGAUACAGCAACGGCUGAAUUAGUUCAACGUUCAUAUCAAGCAUGUCUGGAUAGCUCUGUAGGGCUACUAAGGAGAGUAACUCAAUUACACCCAACCGUUUUGGUGCAUAUGCCAGAUUCAACUUUGGUUUUGAUCAAUCAUGCUGCUCUGUUGGUUAUUUACUUGCUUUUGAUACCUGCAGCGGCAGCAGAAGGUAAUCAGACGAGCAGUGCUUCAACUUCAAAAAGAAAACAAUUUCUUGAUGUUGUUGGAAAUUAUACGGUAACCCAACAAGAAUGUUUACAAUCCGUAAAAGUUGCACAGGAGGCCGUUUGGCAAGCUGCAUUAAUACGAUCGGAAAAUACUUGUUGUGCUUUAAGUUCUGAACAUCUUGCAAGUUUGAUCGGAUUGUUGGAAGGAUCCGUUCAACAUUCUCCCAACGUACAAGCAGGAGUGGAAAUAGUGGAUCGUAAACAAGCGCCGUUGAAUAGAAUGAAUACCGGCGGAGAAGGUGCCAGUCUAACAAGCACGAUCAACAGUCAAGAUGGAACCCCGAUCCCAAUUCAACAAAAUGUUGGUUGGGAAUGGCUGCAGACAUUCUUGGACGACACAGCUGUCAAUGUACCCUUGCCGAGACAAUAAUGAGAAGGCAGGUUUAAAAGAAGAUG